AUGAGAGUGUCACUGGGCCUAUUCAACACUGCUGUGAAGACAGAGAUAUCGUACUUCAACACACUUCCAGAAAAACUACAAAGAUUCUUCACCCGUUACCCACCAAGACCAUUCAAAGAAUAUGCAUCUGAAUCAACAUUAACAACAGCUGAAAAUGCUAACCCAUUCAUCGCCAACAAACACCCAAUCACAAAAAGAUACCACACUGCCAAAUACUCCAUGAGAAGACAAAGUGAUCUAUGGAAAAUCGCAUACAGACAUGGUAUUCAAGAUUCUUUACCUCCAUUAGCCAAUGGUAAGAAAUUCUACCAAGAGAAAUAUGAUACAAAACCAUUGAUGAAGGGUGUGUUGAGACCUAAGGGUGCCAAAUAUGAAAGAGAAAGACCACUCAAGGAAGCAAAGAUGAAAGAAGCUUUAUUACAUGCUGAUGAAAAAAUUGCUGAACUUAGAGGUAAAAAAAAAAUUGAAAACCGUCUUGCAAAGAAAGCUAAGAAGGUUAAACAUUUUGUUUGA